GCCAUCAACUCCUGCUCAAGGGGACGUCAGAGCUUGAGUCCUCCCUUGUUGGUCUGGUUCAGGUCAUAUUUGUCGAUUCUAUAGAUGCGUUGACCAUUCUUGUCCCGGAAAAAAGACGACUUUUUAGCUGAAAAAGUCAACGACGUGUCGGUGGAGACCAAGGGACGUGAGAGUGACGAUCUGCGCCGGGUCGAGGGUUGAGGAUCCACUUUAAGGUUUGUCAACACAAGAUCGUGAGCCAAGGCAGCGUGUUUUCGCCGCUAUGUUGAACGCAAGCGAGCUUCUUCUUGGUACCGCAGGACUGGAACUGAUGCAAUGGACUACCACGAAUGACACGGUAAUGGUUUCGGGCAAGCCACCAUUACGCGAUUUGGGCUCUCCAUCCAUCAGCUACUGGAAGCUCGCAAUGGCGCUCGUAGUGCUCUUUCUCACAUGGGAGCAAGCAUAUUUUCUUGCCAAAAGGAGGCGGAGGUCUGGCAAGAUGCUGCCGGGGCCGUCAUACGCAGUGCCGCUGGUGGGGGGCGUCGUACAAAUGGUGCUGGACCCCUACAAGUUCUGGGAGGACCAGCGCAAGGCCGCCUUCCCUGGGCUGUCGUACAACUCCAUCCUGGGCAAGCUGAUGGUGUUCAGCACGGACGUGGACGUGUCGCGGCGCAUGCUGUCGGUCAACGACGAGUCAUCCUUACUAAUGGCCGUGCACCCCUCGGCCAAGGCCAUCCUGGGCCCCAACAAUCUGGCCUUCAUGCAUGGCCCCGCGCACAAGGCCAUCCGCAAAUCUUUCCUCGCGCUCUUCACGCGCAAGGCGCUUGGGACUUAUGUGGAGCUGCAAGACGGCGUGGUGCGUGCCCAUAUCGCCGACUGGCUCGCGGCCGCGCAGGGCCGGGAGAUCGAGAUCCGCCACUUCAUCAGGGACAUGAACGCGGCGACGUCGCAGCACGUGUUUGCCGGGCCGUACUUGGACGACGGCGCGGAGAGGGAGAAAUUCAGCGCAGCUUUCAUGGACAUGACUCAGGGGUUCCUGGCGUUUCCGCUGUGCCUGCCAGGCACUCAGGUGUGGAAGGGCAAGCAGGGGCGGCUGUUCAUCCUGGGCGUCCUGCGAAAGGCAGCCGCACGCAGCAAGGCCGCACUGCAGGCUGGAGUGGAGCCGCGGUGCCUGAUGGACUUCUGGGCGCUGCGCUGCCUGGAGGAGAUUGCAGAGUCCGAGGCGGCCGGAGAGGCGCCCCCCGGACACACUAGCGAUGAGGCAAUGGCGGACACUAUCAUGGACUUUCUGUUUGCCAGCCAGGACGCGUCCACCGCCUCGCUCGUCUGGCUCACUGCCAUCCUCGCCCAGCGCCCAGACGUCCUCCAAAAGGUGAGGGAGGAGCAGGCGCGGCUGAGGCCAGAGGCGAGUGCCACGAUUACGGGCGAUGUGCUGAAUCAGAUGACAUACUCGCGCCAGGUCGUGAAAGAGGUGCUGCGCUACCGGCCGCCCGCCCCCAUGGUGCCCCAGAUCACUCAGGCGGAGUUCCCUCUGACUGAGGACUACACCGCUCCCAAGGGGGCGCUGCUCAUGCCAUCCCUCAUUGCUGCCUCCAUGCAGGGCUUCACGGACGCGCACGCGUUUGACCCGGACCGCUUUGGACCCGAGCGCAAGGAGGACAUGACGUGCGCCAAGAACUUUCUGACGUUUGGGUGUGGGCCGCACUACUGCGUGGGCCGCGAGUACGCCUCCAACCACCUCAUCGUCUACCUGGCAAUACUGGCCACCAGCUGCGACUGGACGAGGCGCAGGACUGAGGCAUCGGCGGAUGACGCCAGCAACUGGCUCUACCUACCCACCAUCUACCCCCAUGACUCCCUCAUAACCCUGCACCCUAGAGGGGCACUGAGCGCUUGA